CCUUAGAGGAAUGGUGAGGCAUGUAUUUUGACAGUGAAAAGAAAUGGGAGGUGUAAUGGCGCAACUUGAGGCUUGAGCUCCACUCGGCGAUGGAGUCCACCUCAUCUUCUUCAUUCCCAAUGCCCAAAUCUAGGGUUUGUGUUAGGGCUCGGAUCAACUCUUCGGGAAAUCAACACACGUUUUGUGUGUUCAGCUUCUUCAUCUUCUCCGUCAUCACCAUCUCCACAGCAACUUCUACACCUUCUUCAUGGCCUCAAAUCUCAUACGCCCAGCACUGCAACGCUAUCGUUCCCGAAUCCGCCUCAACAGAACAACAGUUUGAAUCUGCCGCUUAUGGCGCUGGAUUCUUGCAUAUAGGGAACGGCUACUUCACCGGCGGCGAGUCAAUUCUCGGCCAACCCCCGCAAUUCGAGGGCGACUCUCCGAGUUUCGUCAUGUUUCGCCACGGAGCUCUCUACAGAACCCAGACAGAAGGCGUUAUCAAGGUCCGAGGAAACUUGUUUUUUCGGGGCUCCAGAAUUGUCUCUCCACUGGGGAAUAUCACUCAUCGGAGAUUGCUCCGGUUCCGAAUCAAUCAGCCACGGAUUCCGAUUCGGAGGUCCUCCGCGACUUUCGAGCUUAAUGGGUUUUGGUCAUCAGAUGCUGGGAAGCUGUGCAUGGUUGGAUCGGGUUCGAGUCACUCGAAAGAGGGUAAUUCACGACUCUUCAGUGUUGUUUUUAAACUUGAUUUUGCACAGAAUUCGAGUAUUGUUUAUAGUUUGGUUCGUGGAACAUUAGAGAGUGUAGAUACUGAGGAUAGUUUCAAUUACUUCAAGCCAGUUUCCAUAUUGGGAAUAUCACAAAUGAGAUAUGAAUAUACGUUGAUAGAGAAAGAAAUUGGGAGCGGGUUCUUGAGUGAGUAUAGUAGUGAUGAGGAUGCAUCUCUUAGUUUAGAUGUGGGUGAACGCCCAGGUCUCUGUUCUUUUGUAAGGUCAGCAGGUGGGUUUGAAUUGGAAUAUGAAAUUGAUUGUGAUACUGUCAAUUGCAGUCCCCUUGGUGGCGGGACUCCUGGAUUUUCACCAAAAUUCAUGUCUUUCGACCAAGUUGAGUGUCAGGAUGAUGGAAAGGUGCACAUGUUGUUACGGUUUUCAAACUCCAGCUCUCAUUUGUUCCGAACUUUUAUUCCUGAUAAGACAUUAGUUGCCGAGGGAGCAUGGAACAAGAAGAAGAAUCAGCUUUAUGUUGUAGCUUGCAGAAUCUUGAAUGUUGCAAAUUCUUUAGCUGAUGCUUUUGUUGGGGAUUGUUCAAUAAAAUUGAAUUUGAGAUUUCCAGCCACCAUGUCAAUAAAAAACAGGAGCACUAUUGUGGGGCAAAUUUGGAGCAAUAGAACUGUGAAUGAUUCGGGUUACUUUGGUAGAAUUGUGUUCCAGGAUACUGGGAAUGUACAAAUUGAUCUGCCUGGUUUAAAAUAUGAGUAUACUGAGACUGACAGCAUAAGUAAAGCUUGUGCAAAGAAAAAGGGGGUUAAACACAAGGGACAGGUAUACCCUGACGGGCAUUCGUUAGACAUGAGAUUUGACAUGUCAGUUAGAAACAGCAAGGGGCAAGUAGGAUGGGGUCAUGCAUUCCCUCUAUUUGUGGGUGAUAAGUUUGUGGGUGAUCAAUUAUAUGGGAAAUUUCGCCCUCAUUCACCAAGGUUGGGAGGGUCUGAAGCUCUAGUGAGCACCAGCCACAACAGUGUGGUAAAUAUCAGCUACAAGCUGAGCUUCACACCUUCAACUAGUCUCAUGUUGGUGGGUAAGAUUUCUUCAUCUAGAUCAGUAGAAAUAUCAGCAGAAGGGAUAUAUGAUAAGGAAACCGGUGUCCUGUGUAUGGUAGGGUGUCAGCAUCUGCAAUCAAAUAAACCAUCAACAAAAAAUGAUUCACUGGACUGCAAAAUUCUUGUCAAUGUGCAAUUCGCUCCAUUGAAUGCAGGUGGACGUAGUGUCAAGGGAACAAUUGAAAGCACACGAGGAAAGUCAGACCAGCUUUAUUUUCAACGUCUUGAAUUGUCUUCAAGUUCUAUCUACUUGAGCCAAGCAGCAGAAUCCAUUUGGAGAAUGGAUCUGGAGAUCACAUUGGUUCUGAUUUCUAAUACAUUUGCAUGUGUCUUUGUGGGGUUGCAGCUUUUUUAUGUGAAAAGGCACCCUGAUGUACUUCCCCUCAUUUCUAUUGUGAUGCUCAUUGUCCUUACUUUGGGGCACAUGAUACCUCUACUGUUAAACUUUGAAGCUCUGUUUGUGGCAAACCGUAACCGGCAGAAUGUUUUUCUUGGGAGUGGUGGCUGGCUUGAAGUAAAUGAAGUAAUUGUAAGGGUGGUUACAAUGAUAGCUUUCCUGUUGCAGUUUCGUCUUCUCCAACUGACAUGGUCCUCAAGAUCAAAUGAUGGAAGUGAAAAUGCUUUGUGGGUAUCUGAAAAGAAGGUUCUGUAUUUGUCAUUGCCAUUGUAUGCAGGUGGUGCGUUGAUUGCUUGGUUUGUGCAUCAGUGGAAGAAUUCUUACCAGAUCCCAUUACCACGAACACGGCUUGCACCUGUCAAUUACAAUCAACAGCAUGCUCUCUGGGGUGACCUCAAAUCUUAUGCAGGUUUGAUCCUGGAUGGUUUUCUGCUCCCUCAGAUAAUGUUCAACUUAUUCUUCAACCCCAAGGAAAAGGCUCUUGCCUCCCCCUUUUAUGUUGGAACAACUGUUGUUCGUUUGCUACCACAUGCAUAUGAUCUUUACAGGGCCCAUAGUUCUACCUGGAAAUUUGAUUUAUCAUACAUUUAUGCAAAUCCUAGAAUGGAUCUUUAUUCCACUGCCUGGGAUGUCAUUAUCCCUUGUGGUGGUAUGCUGUUUGCAGCCCUCAUUUACUUGCAGCAGCGGUUUGGUGGCCAUUGCAUUCUUCCCAAGAGAUUUAGAGAGAGUUCUGUAUAUGAGAAAGUACCUGUAGUUAUCAAUGAACAAUUGUAAAGUGAAGCCAUUGUUGAAGACAUUUAUUGCUUUUACUACUGCAAGCUCUUUGGUGCAUAAAGGUAAUAUUGAGACUUAGAAGGUUGUGUCUUCUUCAGAAAAUAUCAUGGGCUGUGUGGUUGGUUAGUUAUUUGAUUGAUUUGGGAAUAUAGUUGGUGAAUUCCAUUUGCUUUCUUUGAACAACUGUUCGUAUAAUGUGCUUGUUUAGUUUUAUGUCAUGGAAAUGUAAUUGUUUUUUUUUUU